AUGGCAGCGGCACAGAGAACAGGAGCAGCGCUCGUGACGGGAGCCAACAAGGGCAUCGGGUUUGCCAUCGCUGCUCAACUCGCCCGCGCUCGCCCUGACCUCCACGUGCUGUUGGGGUCGAGGGACUGGGAGAGGGGUGAAGAGGCGGUGGCCAAGCUCAAGGCCGACGGGGUCCACAAUGUGCGCACGCUGCAUGUCGACCUCGACGACGAGUCGUCUCUCCACACUGCGGCCGUGGAGGUCAACAGCGAGUUCGGGGGCCUGGACGUGCUGGUCAACAACGCGGCCGUCGCACUCAAAGGCAACACCUUCACCGAGAGCGAUGCCAGAACAACGAUAGAUACCAACUACCACGGCACAAGACACGUAUGCUCACGAUUCAUGCCGUUACUGCGCGACAAUGGCCGAGUUGUGAACGUCACCGCGAGAAUGGCCUCGCUUUCCAAGCUUACGGUGCCCACCUUGAAGGCGGCCUUCGCCAAGCCUGACCUGACCCUUGAGGAACUCGAUGCGUUGAUGGAAAAGUUCGUCGCCGAUGUGACCCAGGGGCGAUACAAGGAGGAGGGCUGGCCCGCCGGCCCCGGCUACCCCACCGCCCCGUAUUGGGUGUCCAAGAUUGGCACCAAUGCGCUUACUCGCGUGCUGGCCCGCAUGGAAGCCAACAAUCCGAAUAGGUCGGGUGUGUUGGUGAAUGCGUGCUGCCCCGGCUUUUGUCGCACCGACCUGGCCGGUCCCAAGGCUCCUCGCUCACCCGAACAGGGAGCCGACGUGGCCGUGUACCUGUCGCUGCUGCCGGCCGAGGCCACCUUCAACGGUCUCCUCUUUGGCGAGCGCAAGGAGCUCAGCUUCUAG